CUCAUCAGCGGUUUCGAGAAGAGGUGGGACCAUGAGGCAAAAGAUGAGCGUCAGUGAGCGUACAGCGGUGAUUCAGGAAGAGAUCUGAUCCACGAGCAAGGCAAGGUAGAGGAACGACAUGCGGGAGGGACCAGUUCUGACCACACCGGUUGCUCUCUAUGGCUUUGACUGACUGGCGCUGUUGUUGUCAUUGCUGCUUGUGCAGGCACACGAGGCGGAUCAGGCCGUUUGUUUGCAUCAGCCGUUUCCCUUCCCCACAGCGGGCAUGAUUGCCUUUGACGAGAUACUCAAAGGCCGCGGCGGCAUUAGCAGCCUGCUUCCCACCCCCUUUGCCACACGCCUCACCACAGCCGCCGCCACCACAUCCACUCAUGACGCAGAUCAGCCAGGUGAGCCUCAGCCUGCGGCUGCACCCGAGCGUGUGAAGCCGCCGGUGGGUCUGCGGGAGCUGGUGAGGCAGAAGUACGCCGAGGCGGUCAACGCGGCCGGUAUGCUGGCGACGCUCAACAGGGAGAAGAAGAGGCUCGACGUGCGCAGCGUCACUGGCGAAAUGGUCAGAGCCGCGCUCAAGAACAAGACCAAACUCAACACGCCUCAGUAAGUGACGGAGAUGACGCCAACGCCCACACACACACACACACACACACACACACACAGAGAGAGAGAGAGAGAGAGAGGCGGAAACGCCCUGAAUGUGUGUGCGUGGUUGGGUCACACAGGUUCCACUGUGCGUGGUGCGAGUAUCUCAUGUCGGUGUCUGAGAACGUCGCGGUGCAGCUCUUCGUUGCGACGUGGAACGAAGACCCGUUCCGUCUGCUCAACAAUGACGAGGAGUGGGACAAACUGGACCGCGAGAGGAGCCUCUUGUCCGGCAUGAUCCGCCGGGCGGCCAAGGAGGAGUGGGCCCGCCUCAGCGACGCGGAGCAGCGGGAUGUGCGCGUGUAUCGGAUCCUCGAGACAGAUCGGGUGCUCUAUGCACUGCUGAUGAUGAAGCUGAGCAGCCGGGCAAAGCUCAGGGUGGUGGGGAGCGAUGAGGACAACGAGAAGGGGGAGAAGGAGGGGGAGGGGGAGGGGGAGGGAGGAGGGCCGCCGAAAGAUUAGCGGGACUGACUGUGCGCAAGCCUACUUGUUUUUUCCCUUUUUGCCGAGGAGAAGGAGCGCCUGCUGAUUUGAUUGGCUGUGUACAGAGGACCGUUUGGGGGAGGAGGGAGGGCUGCAUUGCAUUGCGUUGCGUUGCGUUGCACUGCAUGGCCUGAUUGGCUGUGUAUGUGGCGAAUGUCGUCAGUGAGUGAGGAGAGUUGGGUGAGCGCAUUGGCCGGCCUGUUGUCUGCCUGCCCGCGCCUUCUUGCCCCUCUGUCUGAGCGUCCCUCUCGAGAUAUACACAUACAUACAUACAUGUGCGAUUAACCGGAUUGGUG